GAUAUGCAACAAAGUAGAUAAUUAAUCCUGUACAUACCUAACUAGGUAUGUAAAAUUCAAAAUAAAUUAAACGAGUAACAUUCCCAUGAGAUAUAAAGAUCGGUACCUAAAUGAAAAGUACUACCCACAGUGAUGUUGAAAGGAAAGAAUGGAUGCCCUGCCCUAAAGCGAACACAGACUUUCCAGGUCUGGCAUAUUUAUGCCCUUUAAAUGAGCUUAUAGUAGCGGAAGAAAAUGAUAAUUUGCAUAAUUUGAUAGGGUUAAAAGAUAUAGGCUACACCAUCUUCAACAACCAAGGCCAAAAGGUAUUUCUUGCAGUUCAAAAAGGCAAAUAUAAAAUUGAAAUCAGAAUAUACAACUGUUAUGGAAAUGAAAUAAUAAAAGUGGAAAAACCGUACGCUUGGUGUCUUAACAAAGCAUUAAUUUGGGCUCCACCCGGAAAUUUCGUGGGAUCCCUACACGAAACAAGAUCUUGUCUAAAAACUUACUUUAUAAAGAAUCAUGUAGGUGAAAAGGUUUUGAAAAUAAAGGCGAGAGCGUUCAGAAAUAAUAGUGGCUUCAGCAUUCUUUCGAACAACGAAAAGGUUGGAGAAGUCACCACUAGAUGGCGUUAUUCCGUAUCGUUUCCAAUUGAAAUGGAUGUUCCUGUAAAAUGCAUUUUGCUGGGGGCAUGUUUCUUAAUUUGUUGGACAAAACCUUUGAUCUUUAAAUAGUAUGAUUAUU